ACUUAGUAGCAAAAGUGGGAUAGUUUAACACUCAACACUCAAUCUGUGGCUCAAGUCGUAGUUACUACUGAUACGUUACAUGCUUAGCACUAAGAUGUACAAUUGGAAAAUCUACUUAUCCCCGCGUGAUUGAAGCAACAUAGCUUAUCUUUGAUAACUAUCAGCUAGUCCAAGCUUUAUCAGCCUUCGGUUUCGUACUCUGCCGUCUCAGGUAGCACGCUAUCGCAAUCGUACUUUGAACACCCCUUGAUUCUUCUAUCGAUUCCAAAAAACCGAGAGCCGUAUAACAAUGAAUGGAGGAAAUAGCACAUACUCAAUCUUUUCGUAGUGUAGGCCAAAAUUCUGGACCAACACUAGAGACAUGAACGCAUUUGUCGUCAUAUAGUGCGUAUAGAAUCUGUGUGCAUAGUGCACGAUUGUUACACCAUUUGAAUGGUGGUCAUGCUAAUUCAGUGAAUUCGAUUGCACAACAACACCGCUUUGAUAUUGGUGGAUCAUGUAGGUUGGUUGUUCUUCUUAUCCGGCAACGACAGCCUUCGAGCGGUCUUGGCCUGAAACAGAGACAAUGUUAACCUUCGGUUGCUUUAUUUUUUUAUCUGAGAAGAACGGACCGAGCCGUAUUUAUGUUGCUUGUUGUAACCACGUGAUUUUUACGAACCGCGUUGUUGGUACAGUGCUAACCCCCGGCACGGCGGUAACCAAACUAAUUGAAUUAGUUGUUGAGGCAUCUCGGGAAUCGAACCCAUGGUCAGCUGCGUAGUGGUCAACCAUCAACGAGCGUUACCGAUUUGUUCAGCAAGAAAAACCCAUUUAAAUAGCAAAAUACAACUGAACAAAAUGCUCGCGAUGGGUGUGUUGUCGCAUAUGCAGAACUCGAUGAAUAAUUACAAAUUGUGAAAUUGGAAAAUGUUACGAACAAUCAGUGAAAGCAACGAGUUUAAAGUGCAUGAGACAAGACAAUUCUUUGGAGCCAUGUGAUUUUUAUUCCUUUUGUGUUUUUUUAUGCAAUUGGACGUAAUAUCGAUGUCUCAAGGUUGGUGUCUGACGUGAAUUCCAUGACUAUGACGAGAUGCAGCUUUUGGAUAUUCGACCAUUGAACAUAGAAAAAAUGAUGAACUUCUGCUUUUUUAUCCGGGCAACUAUAACGACCAACAGUUCUGUCCUGCUAUAGAUAAUUCAUCCAUAGGUCGCGUUCGAGCACCAUUGUUCGCCAACUCGUCAUACUGGUCGGCCUCGUUUCAUCUCAAAUGGGGUCUACGACGUCGAGACGAGACAAAUUACCUUUGCCCCAAAAAAUAGGCUUCAGUUUCUUUUUUUUAUCAUUGGGCAACAACCGGAAUCAUAAUACCAAAAGCAUGGAGCGUCGAAAACGGUUUAUUGAUUGUAAUUGCACUAUCGCUAAUUGCCCGUUCGGUCAGUGAUAUCUGGAUGAUACAAAAUGCGACGGCCAUUGAGAGCACCAUCAUCACUAUGAAUAAGAGGCUGUUUCGAACAGCGUUGGUGAAGUACCUAUCUGCGUUGCCUGCAAUUGCUGUCGUUAACAACGUUUUGAAAUGGAGUAUAGGCGAGCUAAAGCUUCGCUUCCGGUCCAAUCUUUCACAAUACUUAUACAACGAAUACCUCAAAGGAUUUACCUACUACAAAAUGUCCAACCUCGACAACAGGAUAGCUAAUGCCGACCAACUGCUGACGACCGAUAUCGACAAGUUUUGCGAGAGUGUUACCGAUCUUUACUCGAACAUCUGCAAGCCUCUGUUGGACAUUGUGAUUUACGUGUAUCGGUUAACAACCAACUUGGGUGGAACGACGCCCGGCAUAUUGCUCCUGUACCUGUUCUUCUCCGGCAUGUUUCUGACCAACUUGCGCAAACCUACCGGCCGACUAACUGUGAUGGAGCAAAAGCUCGAGGGUGAAUUCCGCUAUGUGAAUAGUCGGUUAAUAACUAACUCGGAAGAGAUCGCUUUCUACCGCGGUAACAACCGAGAAAAAUUGACGAUUCUGUCUAGCUUCAACAAACUCGUCGCACACUUACGCAAGUUCCUCGAAUUCCGUGUCGGCAUGGGAAUCGUCGAUAACAUGGUCGCUAAAUACAUUGCGACGGUUGUCGGGUUUUAUGCGGUGUCAUUACCGUUUUUCGAGAAAGAUCAUCCGCUUCUGACUGGAAGCCAACAUAGCGAACGUUUAAGCCGCUACUACACGUUUGGUCGAAUGUUAGUUAAGCUGGCGGAGGCGAUCGGUCGGUUGGUUCUGGCUGGUAGGGAAAUGUCCAGACUUGCCGGAUUCACAGCUCGUAUGACCGAACUGACCAUGGUUCUGAAGGACUUGAACUCAGGCCGGUACGAGCGCACAAUGGUGAGCUCGGGUAUUGUCGACGUUGAUAUUGGACCAGGGUUUGGCUUGGUGAAGUUUCAGGAUAACUUUAUCAAGUUUGAGCACGUACCCUUGGUAACACCGAAUGGAGACGUACUAGUGAAGGACCUAACAUUCGAGGUCAAGUCAGGUAUGAACGUGCUAGUGUGUGGUCCGAACGGUUGCGGUAAAAGCAGCCUAUUUCGUAUACUUGGAGAGCUGUGGCCAACGUGGGGUGGCAAGGUGACCAAACCACCGGCCGGCAAACUAUUUUACAUACCACAGCGUCCCUAUAUGACGCUGGGCUCACUGCGUGAUCAGAUUAUCUAUCCGCACACGUACCAAGAGAUGAAGCGCCGCGGGAAAACGGAUGCCGAUCUAUUAAAUUAUCUCGAGUUAGUACAACUUUCAUACCUGCAAGUACGUGAGAAGGGUCUGGACGCUAUCGAGGAUUGGAUCGACGUGCUGUCAGGUGGCGAGAAGCAACGUAUUGCGAUGGCUCGCCUCUUCUACCAUAAUCCACAGUUCGCCAUCUUGGACGAGUGCACGUCCGCCGUUUCAGUUGAUGUCGAAGGUAGCAUGUAUCAGUACUGUCGAAAAGUCGGCAUCACGCUGUUUACUGUGUCGCACCGAAAAUCUCUUUGGACACACCAUGACUACUACCUCAAGUUUGAUGGCCACGGAGCUUAUGAGUACGGACCGAUCGACAGCAGCAAAGAUCAGUUUGGAUCGUAAUAAGCGCGUUCAAUUACCAUUCCUCCGCUGAGUUUUUCAAGCUUUCAGCCGAAUCAACAAUUCUUUGCGAAAACGAAACAAAAGGUGAUAUAGCGAAACAGGCUUGUGAUGUAAGAAGGGCAGAGAACACCGAACCGGUAACUGGUUCCACGGCACCACAGUUGUACGCAGGCUAAUGAAACUAACUAAAAAGGAUUUGCGGGUAGGUUUGGUGGUAUGUGAGGAAUAUGAGACGACUCUGGAUUAUAAGAUAACCAUCGCAUAUUAGUGUUGUUUUACAGUCAGCAGUAGAAGUAUAAUCAUCAAUUUGUUAACUUACCAUUCUUAUGUAGCACGCUUUUAUGUGCAUUCAAAUUGUGAUGUCUGCUUUGAAAGGUUUCUAAUUUCGAUAUUUACAAUUAUAACAAAUAGUGCGCACAAUGUUUGAAAAUGAAACGGUUUUUUUCUUAGAGUGUUUAGAUUAUUUACUAUUCAUUUGGUGCUGGGGUGUAGGAAGAAAUUUACAUGUUAAGGAGUAAUUCCUUAUAUUUUCGCGCCCGUCAAAGCGGCAAUCGCGUUAAGGCAACAAUUGUUUCCGAAAUUCUUGUUUUGUUAUUCAUCAGUUCAUCGGUAGCUAGCUAUUGACGGACACAUGGCAUACAUUGGUAGGUGUUUGUAUUUCAUUAACCAACCGAAGAUAGUCAUCAUUGAUUUUAGAAAAAAACUGCGAUUGCGUUACGUACUACCGUUAUAGAGCGAAAAAUAUAAAAACACAACAAAAA